AUGAGCGAUGAUUCUUCUGAAGGGGAGUGGGUCGAUAUCGACGGGGAAUACGAUGAGCUUAUAGCCACUACCGCAGGUGAAAUCGCCGAGGGUUGGGAGGGGACAUCCCACAACGAAGCUCAAGGUCUGCGGAAUUUCUCACGACAAAUGACUUCAGAUCCAGCAUGUCCAUCGAGUCAAACAGCGAUCCAAAACAUUGCAGACUAUCUUUCUCUCCACAACACGUCGUCUCAGCAUGUCUCGCAACCGCUCGAAGAUCUCUCAAAACGCCGUUGGGCAAAGAGAUUCGAUCUGGAAGAAUACUCCAAGCCAGUCACUACAGCGUUACACGACACCUUCUACAAAACUGCCUAUUUACCUUGCACAUGUGCAAGGAACGACAGACCCGUCUGCCUGUCAGAGGCGUAUCUUUGCGCGUUGCGUCUGGAAGGGAAUCCGCACGUUCCGGGAGACGACAACUAUUUUUUCUUUGACUCGGUCAUUGCUCGCAAGAAUGACGAGAGUUACCGGUGGACACCUAUACAGUUUCAGCUACCCAGGAGGACUAAAGAGAGAACCCGAGAAGAUCUCCCUCCCGGCCCCCCUGACAUCGAGAACGAGACAUCAAAACGUCAAGACUCAUUGGGAGUGCUGAACGACUUUUGUACAAUCUUAGGAUGGAACAUAACGUGCUUCCGCAUUUACAUCACUAAGACCGGUGCAACCCAACACUUUUGCCAUGGUGUGGAAGAGGUCUUCUCAACUAUCUUCCCGGAGAAAGGAAGACCGUUAUUCCUUUUCACGGCGCUAAAGGAAGGCAAAUUGUCGGCCAGACACAAGAUUUUUCUUGCAUUCAUCAUAUCGAAAGCAUUCUGGCAGUACUAUGAUUCAGAUUGGAUGAAUGUGGAAUGGAGCGUCGAAACAAUACAACUCCUGCAAACAAGCAACCCCGAAUCCGAGACACCGUUUCUCAAGAUCAAGUCGACUACAUCUGACGGCUUGAUGAAACGCAAGCUCGAGUCGCAGAAUACAUCAGAGGGGAUACCUCAGCUACACCGCUAUCCUUACAUCCUCAAUCUGGGCCUUCUCUUAGUCCAACUGGGCUCGAUUACUCCUGAAACAACAAUAUUCGCUGAGAUGACAACAAAUUCGACUGGGGCCGAGAACAACGACAUCUGCGUAUCCUGCUGCACAAAAAUCUCUGAAGAUAAUGUAUGGCCUACAAUCGAGAUUCCGGCCAAACAUAAACUGAGAUACCGUCACAUCGUUGAAGAAUGCCUCCCGACGCCAUCAGAAAUCCCCAAAGCCCUGUUCGAUGUGCAGCUUGAUGCAGCCGGGAGACGAGCGGCACUGAGAGACUAUGUUGUCCGCCCUUUGUUCGAGCUGUUCCAAGACAUGUCGAAUCCAGACACGAAAGAAUUUCAGCCACCACGGGUGACACUGUCCCACAGGCUCCCUGUAUUACAGGCUGAAGAUGUGGCCAACAAGGCCUCCAAAAACCCCAGUGAUUUGGCGUGGGAUUGGCUCAACAAUAUUACCCACUCCUGGUUGCAUAACCACAUCUCUUCUCAGAUCACAAAAUUCAAAAGGCCAAAGAUCGCUAUCAUAGACACUGGCUUUGACGGCCAGGCGCGCUUUGUGGAUCGGAAGCUGAUGCUGCGACUGAACAUGGUUCCCACAGCGGAGAUGAAGUACAACUGGAAAGACUUUUGGGAAUGCGAGGUCGAGCCCCAAGACAACGACGGGCACGGGACAUCGAUGCUUUCGCUCCUUCACCGCAUGGCACCCUUUGCAGAUGUGUGUGUGGCACGCAUCGCAGGUAAAGACGAAGACAUGAGAAGGGAUCCAGAAAAGACAAGCGAUAACCUGGCAAAGGCCAUCCUCUGGGCUGUUGAGGAGCAAGAAGCGGAUAUCGUGUCUCUGUCUCUCGGCUGGGAACAGGAGCAACAAGUCGACCGACAUCGGGUCAUCAGUAAUGCCAUUUCCCACGCACUCUCGCACCGCAACCAGAAUCUCCUGAUUUUCGCCGCGGCGUCCAACCGGGGCGGGAGCAAGCGCGAGCUGUUCCCGGCCAAACACCCCACGAUUUUUUCCAUCCGGGGAACAAAUACCAGGGGGGAGCACGAAGAAUUCAACCCUUCUCUUCCCAAACGUGGAGAAAAGGUGUUUGGCACGCUGGGCCUCGAGGUCCCAGCUUCGAACCGAGGGAGGCCGAAACCACAUUACAGCCACCGAAGCGGGACGUCGGUGGCGACGGCCAUCGCGGCCGGGUUUGCUGCGAUCAUCAUUGGCUACAUCAACAUCCACGACAACGAGGGGCGGUGGGACAACAUUCGGAUACCACGUUCGCGCAAGAAGCGGAAAUGCAGUACUGUUGCCUCGACAGCUCAAAAUCAUCGCAGAACGUCGAGAUCCCCUCCAAGCCCAGCUGACGUCUCGAGGAUCGAGCGCGCAGCUGCGCCCCAACCGUCCAAUUUCUCGCACAGUGUUCGAAUACUUGUCGACCAGUCGACAACGCAUACACCAAUCGCCUACACUGCUGUUGCUGACGAACCCCUGAAUCAGCGCUCGGGACUGCAGACUGCCACUCCGCCACGAUGGACUCAAUCCGGACCAGAAGCGUUCUUUAGCUGGACUGCUCCUCUUCCCGCUCGACAUGUGACCUCAAAUGGUGAACUGGACCAACCUUUCAACCCUUUGGCAACAGAAUCACAGGUCCCAAGCUAUGGUUUCGAGGUGCCGCCAAGAAGUGUACGACAGGAUCUAACCAACGGCUUCCUCGAAUACUGCAAUCCAUGGUUGCCAAUCGUGGAGCACGCUGACCUUGCAAAUCUCGCGCGCAUCGAGCAGCAGUCAGCGUCGAUGCUUCUCGCACAAGCGCUUUGGUUUGCGGCGAGUUGCAUCGACCCAUCUUCGACCGCACCCAGCCAAUUUUACCAACGAGCCAGAGCACUCUUCUGGUCGUGCGGCGAGACCGAUCCGUUUGUCGCCGUCAAGGCGGCGUUGAUGCUAAUGUCGCACGAUUGGCAAGGUCCAGGACACGUUACGUUUGACAGCAGCGAGCUUUGGCUUCACGUGGCCGUCACCAUGGCAUACAGAAUCAAGCUGCACAGGGAUCCUCCUCCCGGUUCGAAAAGUGGCAUACGUCGCCGACUGUGGUGGACCAUUGUUGCACAAGAUUCCUUGAUGUCUUUGUUAUACGCCAGACCUCGAGCUGUCAAUCUCAUGGACUCUGAUGUCCGAGCACUAGACGACGUUGAUUUCGUCGACAGCCAAGCCGAUCCGGCUGCCUUCAGCUUGUACAUGGACAUCUGCAAGGUCCUGGGCGAUCUGGUCGAGUGCUACCGGCGCGGAUUUAUGAGCAACGUGCAUAGAUCCAGUCUCGAGAACAGCCUUCAUCUCUGGCGCCUUCGGCUGUGUCAGUACGAAAGCGUCGAUGCCGACCGGGACAUCUCUCAGGCAACAGAUCAGAGCCUGGUCUUUCGCCAGUUGAAGCUGCCUUAUUUGACGGCUCUAGUGCUGUUUUCUAAGAGCCAGCGCACUCCAUCAACUCUGAAGUGCUCCUCUGCAUCGAACCUACGGAUUUCAGCGACCGCUUCGAUCGCUGCUUCGCUGAGUGCCGGGAUCUUUAAGAGCAUUCUGGAACACGACGAGAUCCAAUAUCUCGGACCGGUGUUCACCAUCUACGCAUACUCAGCAAGCAUGGCGCUCCUCCGACUCUGGGCCUACCCCAAGCUGUGGCAAGCCGCUCAGCCAGAUCUGCAGACAUUACGAGAGGCGUUGCUGAGUCUUGCGAGACACGAUUCCGAGAUGGCUGACGCGGCAAAGGCUUUGGACAAUGCAGUUGAAUCCCUGAAAACAACACGGCAGCAUCGUCCUGCUGAUCUGCCGCGUGUAUCCGACCAGGCACUGUGUCUCAAACUCCUUGAGACCAUGUCACCGGCGGGUUGCCAGCUGUGGAGCCACAUUGCAGAGCUCGUUGACGACUCGAGGUCCAUGGGUGCAGAACGGACGCUCAAUUCACUGGCAGGUGGAGAAGCGAGGGCUGAGAACGCGACCGUCUCCCAGUCACAGCGCGCUGAUUGCUUUCCAGAUUGCUUACUGUCGAGCCAUGAAUUCGCCUAUCACCAGUUUGAAGACUGGAUCCUUCACGAUGGCUGA